CUUCCCACCACUGGUAGCGUCUGUUUCUCCCCGAUGGGGCGGCUACCAGUCCAAGUACUUGUCAAAAGAUCUCUACUCAUCCUUCGGAUGUGUAUCUUUUGACAGUAUAGUCCGUUCGGGAUCUUUAGAUCCCUAAACUCCACGACGGUCCGUCUAAAUCCACCAGCGUCUGUUCCCACAUUGGGCGGUUUGGUGGUCUGCAAGCACAUCAUAUGCAGAAUCAUAUACUUGGCAGCAAGUAUAAAAUGCACACCGUUCUAAUGUCCAAUGUCCGACAAGAAACCGUGCCCCGCGUAUCCGGUAAGGGGCCUAAUAAUCUCCGGAGACCCUACCUCCACGGCGAAGGCGACAGGCUGUGGAGAGUCGAGUGCUACUGCCACCCAGGUUAGUCCGGCGGAGACACCGGGUCGGGCAUGUCUGAAUGCUGCCGGCGCCAAACCCAAAACAAAAGCGUCUGCGGAUUUAGGGAAGCCUGGAUCCUGCAGUCGCAAAACAAUAACAGCAUCUGGCUCCAAAGCUGGAUGCAGCAAAAUAAGCAGCGAGGCACCCCUGGACGUCACCCCAAGUACCUCAAAAGCAGCUCAGGUCCGUAUUGGCAAAAUGCCGAUAAAACCCCCUGUUUCGGGGACUACUAAGGCCACCAAAGCCAAGGGUGCAACCCCAGUGCCGGUUAUGCACGAGGGAACUGCGAACAAGAUUUCGAGUUCUCAAACGGCAUCUCCCAAUGCCACCACGGCGAAUAGUAAGACCCCCAGGCAUGUAACACCAGCAAGAAGGGUCUUCCUACAACGGCGCUCCGCCGCCAAAAUUCUAGCGCGCUUAGCUGGCAAGCCAGUUAAGUCGCUAAGUAAAGAGGACAAGUCCUCUCUAGAAUGGGCUAAGGGAAAAUUGGCCGUUCUGGAGAAGAGUCCCCCCUCACGUGAAGUGGUUGAGAACCAAUUCACGCGUGCUGUCAUCGACAGGGGUGACAUAGAUGGCGCUAUGUCUCCAUCCAGAUGGGACAUAGUGCGAAAAAAGCUGAUGGGGGUGUUCUGGGAAGUUCUUAAACAGAACCCUGGCCCCCCCCACAGUGUGAGGACGGCGGUUGGUUUUUACAACAGAGUGAAGCUAAUGGCCUGUUCUAACGAGCGCUCAGCUUUGCUCCUGAAGCAGGCUGUGUCGCUGAUAAAGGAUCCGUGGGAAGGUGCUAAGCUGGAUGUGGUCUCUGUGGACGAGAUCCCACGAAGGCCAAAAUCCACCGCCAUAAUUCCUGCGGAACCGCAUAAAAAGGCAGCGAUACUGGAGCUUCUACAUGUUGGAAAUCCGGAUCUUCCAACUCAAGAUUGGAAGGUCGUCAGGGUUUCUCAACCUGUAGGAAGCUCCAGAAGGAUUGUUUGGAUCCUGAACCAGGAAUCUUUGGCGCCGCUUCGCGAGAAACAAGGGAAGGUCUACUACGGUUUCGAGUCGAUCUUCCUUCGUGUCUACCGAGGCGAUGACAAGAGACUAUUGGAGCAGGAUGAUCCUGAUCCUGACCAAUCCGCUGCUUAUAUGUCUUGCGACGAGACUGACCUUUCGCUAAGUCAAUCAACUUCUAAGUUGGUUAAGGAGGGGGAAGAGUCGGUUGACGAGGACGAUCUCCUUGCCUCUGACAAGGAGGACGCCAACGUCACAGUGUUGCGUAAGGACAAAAAAGGAGAUGGUGAGAGUAACCCAAAUUAAUCUCCACCACUCCAAAGCAGCCUCGGCAGCACUGCUCCUCCGAAUGGGUGUAAGUGGGGAGGAGCUCGCCCUAGUCCAGGAACCCUGGAUUCACCAAGAAAGGGUGAGUGGACUAGGCAUGAAAAGCUUUAAGCUAUUGUACGCAAAAGGAUCUGUGAUGAAGACACCGUAGCAGCCAUAUGGGAGACCAGUGUAGGUGCUAUAUUGGUCAUCUCGGCGUACAUGGCUCACGAUCACAGCGACCAGCCACCGAACAACCUGGUCUGCAGAUCCAUAGAGAUGGCAAACUCAAAAAGCAUGCCGAUCAUUAUGGGGGCUGAUGCCAACGCCCAUCACACUGUCUGGGGAAGCUCGGACAUAAACGCUAGAGGUGAG